GUUAUACUUUAUUCAGAUUUACAGAGAUUUAUAUUUAGCUGUCUCCAGAAAACAAAAAGGCAUGUAUAUGCACACUUGUGUAAAAUCUUCAAAAGUUCAUGGACUUUCACUGCAUGCCAAGGACAGAAACUAGUGCAGAGCUGGCCAUUACCCUUCCUCUUUAUGUCAGGGACAUGUUCUAGUCACCGGUAGUUUGGCAACUUCUUCCACAAGUAAAUCUGGUCAUGUUCCUCUAUUCUUUAGCAAAUCUCCAUAAGAUCCCAAGUACCUUGGCAUUCUUUUCCCCUUCGAGCCUCCAUUUCUCACUUUUACCAUUCUUAUGGGAUCUAGCUUUCUGAGCUAACAGCAUUCCAGAAUAUUCUGUGUGCCAGUGGCAGUAAUUCCAGGAUCUGGUGCUCACCCACAGAUAAGAAGUGAUGUUAGGCCAUUUAUGUCUCUUACUAUUAGGUUGACUAUUUAGAUAAGGGUGGUAACCUUUAAACUACAGAGUUAUUUAUUAUAACCAUAUUGGCACCACCCCAAGGACAUUGUAAUGGAACUUUAAAAAAAAUACAGUAUAUCUCAAAUUAUUACAGGGAUUGUGAAAUUCGACGAACUGAUGAAAGAAGAUCUGAGGCUAAAAACAACUUUGAGUCAGGUAGCUCACAUUCCUGAUAACAUUCCUCUUCUGUUUUAAGCCAGCAUACGACCAGGUUUGGCUAUAUCCUGCCCAAUAGAAUCUUGAUAGAGACACGAUACUGUAACAGGACACGCCAGACCUCUGUCUGGCCUGAAGUGAGGGAAGAAGCUAGGCUAAACCUCAGCAGAUGUAAAAUGCCACCUUCUUGGAGGUAGGGCCUGGGGAGAAAGUUAUCAACUUAAUUAGCUCUGCAGGGAAGAGAAGGAACAUCUUUCUAUAGCAGGGAACUGUCAGGCAUUCACAUAUCACUUGGGUAAGGCUUGAAGAAUAGUCCUCAAAGAAUUAAUUCAAUCUUAUAAAAGUGACAUUUCAGAGCUGAUGAAGGCCAAGGGAAUAGACCAGAGGGCUGCCAUUUGGCCAAAGGAUGCUUUUGAAACUCAGCAAGACUUAAAUGAGGAAGAAGCUGUCCAUGUGCGUGAAGUCAAGGACCCAGCCGCAGUGUCGAGCCAGAGUGUGCCAGCUGAUGGAGCAGAUUCUGCAGACCCCAUGACAGCCCACAAAGAUGGGCAAAGUGAAGCCGACAGCACACCAGAGGACCUGUCUGUCGGGCCCAGCAGGCUGCUCUAUCAUAUCACUGACGGCGAUAACCCACUGCUGUCACCGCGCUGCUCCAUCUUCAGCCAAAGCCAGAGAUUCAACUUAGACCCUGAGUCGGCGCCUUCUCCACCCAGCACUCAGCAGUUCAUGAUGCCCCGAAGUUCUUCCCGGAGCAGCUGUGGUGACAGCAAGGAACCGCAGACAAUUACCCAGCUCACCAAGCACAUCCAGAGUCUCAAGCGGAAAAUUCGGAAAUUUGAAGAAAAGUUUGAGCAAGAAAAGAAGUAUCGGCCUUCACAUGGUGACAAGACUUCUAAUCCUGAAGUCCUGAAAUGGAUGAACGAUUUGGCUAAAGGUCGUAAACAGCUCAAAGAACUAAAGCUGAAGCUAUCAGAAGAACAAGGGAGUGCUCCUCCCAAAGGCCCUCUGAGAAACCUGUCCUGUGAGCAGCCCACAGUCCCAAGAGAAAAUGGGAAGCCAGAAGCUACAGGCCCUGAGCCAAGCUCCUCUGGAGAGACUUCAGAUGCUGUGUUGACGUGCCUACAGGAGAACAGAGAGCACUUCCCUCCCCAGGAGGAUGCUAAGGCAACUAAGCAAGACAAGAACCUCAUAAAGCCCCUCUAUGAUCGAUACAGAAUUAUCAAGCAAAUCUUGUCAACACCUUCUCUUAUACCAACAAUUCAGGAGGAAGAGGACUCUGAUGAAGACUGUCAACAGGGAAGUCAACCUUUACCAGACCCGGGGUCUCGCCUUCCUGUUGGCGACCACCUCACCUACUCUGAGACAGAGCCUAUUAGGGCCCUGAUGCCAGAUGAAAAGAAAGAAGUGAAACAACCAGCUCUCUCCAUGUCUAAUUUACAUGAGGCUACCAUGCCUGUACUUCUUGACCAUCUCCGAGAAACUAGGGCUGACAAGAAGAGACUAAGGAAAGCCCUAAGAGAAUUUGAAGAACAGUUUUUUAAACAAACAGGAAGAAGUCCACAAAAGGAAGACAGGAUACCAAUGGCAGAUGAAUACUAUGAAUACAAGCACAUAAAAGCCAAACUGAGACUAUUAGAGGUCCUAAUCAGCAAGCAAGAUGUGGCCAAAACUAUUUGAGGCUUAGGAAAUCACCAUUAUUUUCACCCAAGACAAAAAUCAAACUUCUUUUCCAUUGUCAUUUGUGCUGAGUAGUUUUGACAUACUGAAAAUGGAAGCACUUUAGUGGUAGUUAUUUUUUAAGAAAGGAUAGCAAGUUUAAUUUUAUAGUGUACAUGGAAGAGGGGAUUAAAUGGGGAAAAUGCAACCAGUAACCAUCUCAUUGGGAGAAAAAGCAGCUUCCUCCAUGCCAAGGACAAAACAGUCAAUAUAAGUAUUUCCAAAGUCUAAUACUUUGUAAAUCUAAUGACACAUAUGUGGGCCACUUGUUAGGGAAAGUUUAGUGUCCAAAGAGUAUUUAUGUCAAUGUAUGGAAAAGAGCAUGAUUUUUAAAAAAUCAGAAAAGGAAAAGAGAUUCUGCUUUUAUAUAGCAAGGAAAGCCUCCAAUAAGAAUGUAAUUUAUUUGAAAUUUUAAAUUGAUUUUUAAGUGAUACAACAUCUACUGCCUUGUCCCUUAGGUCUGUUAGACUUUCAGUACCCUAAAAUAUACUAGAAGGUAUCACAUCUUUUUUAUUUCAAUAUAAAAAUAGCACAUUAUUUUAUCAGUUAUUUGCAGUUUUACAUUUCUGGUUACCAAAGUUCACUCUGACAGCAUGUACCUUGUGAAUUAUCUUUGUCUAUAACUGACAGAUGUUUAUAUUAAAAUAUUGUAUUAAAAUUUUAAAAUAGGUAUUUUGGAUAGAUGUGUCUUCAGUAUAUAAUCUAAUGUGACCAUAGUAUUAUUGCUAAUCUUUUUGUUUACUCUAAGAAUGUAUAACUAUUUUUCCAUCAGGAAUAUGCAUUUUUCUUAAUGUCACAAGGUCUAUACUUCGUAAAGUGAAAAACCUUUAUCAUGAGCCGUAGUUAUCCUUCGUCCUGUACAAAAUGAAAGGUUUGGAGACUGUCUGCCCUGAUACCUUGGGAAAGAAGUCGAAACAUUUUAUUUGCUUCAUCAAUUUUAGUAUAUUUUGUUUUGUGUGAUUUUGUACUAAAACACAUUUAUUUUGUUUCUUAAAAACAAGUACAAUGCUGACAUUUUCUUUCAUGUAUGCAUCAUGUUUGUAUCUGUAUUUCCUGUAAUGUUUAAGCAUGAUAUUGAAGAAAUGCACAUUUUCAUAUAGUUUAGGUGGGAAGAAUAUUGAUGAUUUCAAAAGCAGAUGAAUUAGAGGCUUAUUUUCUCUGUAUUUACCUUAUUUUAUAACUUUUAUGAAUGAGAAAAAUAUCCUUCAUAAAUUUGUUUAAUUGAAGUCAUCCACUUGUAACAGGACAGAUACACAACUACUUGAGGUUUACAAAUUACAUCUUUGAUAAGGGAAAUGGUUUUGUGACAAGGUAUACAAUUGCUAUUAAAAUGUAACUCCACAUAUUCGAUAUGAUUGUAAAUAUUUUAUACAACAAUACAAAUAAAAUAUUUUUCUAUUAUAUUUAUUAUGUUGAAACACAGUAGUUGCUUCCUGUUAGCUAAUAUAAAUAACAUAAAUAACACUGUCAAAUAACAAGUUGGAAGUGCUGACAAUUCUAGGCUUUAAGAUUUAACUCAUGCUGCAAUUACACCCUUUCAUGCGAUUUGGAGUUAUUCCAAUAUUUGUUCAGUAGAUUAAAAUGAAUGCAUCUUUAAACACCA